AUGGUGUGUCUGAGGCUCCCCAGAGGCCCCCGCCUGGCAGCUCUGACGGUGAUACUGAUGGUUCUGAGCCCUCCUGUGGCUUUGGUCAGAGACGUCCGACCACGUUUCUUGCAUCAAGUUAAAAGCGAGUGUCAUUACGCCAAUGGGAUGCAGCAGGUGCGAUAUCUGCAGCGACACGUCUACAACCAGGAGGAGCACCUGCGCUUUGACAGUGAAGUGGGCAAGUAUCAGGCAGUGACCGAGCUGGGGCGGCUCCAAGCCGAGCACUGGAACAGCCAGGAGGACUUCCUGGAGCAGAAGCGGGCCAAGGUGGACACGUACUGCAGAUUCAACUAUAGACUUGUGGAGAAGCUCAAGGUGCAGCAGAGAGAAAAGCCCCAGGUGACUGUGCACCCCUCAAAGACCCAGCACGUACAGCACCACAGCCUCCUGGUCUGCGCUGUGAGUGGUUUCUACCCUGGCCACAUUGAAGUCACAUGGUUCCGCAACGGCCGGGAGGAGACGGCUGGGGUUGUGUCCACAGGCCUGAUCAGGAAUGGAGACUGGACCUUCCAAACCCUGGUGAUGCUGGAGACCGUUCCUCAGAGUGGAGAUGUUUACACCUGCCAGGUGGAGCACCCCAGCCUGCCCAGCCCUGUCACAGUGGAGUGGAGGAUGAGAUCUGGAUCCGCACAGAGCAAGAUGCUGAGCGGAGUUGGGGGCUUCGUGCUGGGCCUGCUCUUCCUCGGGGUGGGGCUGUUCAUCUACUUAAGGAAUCUGGAAGGGCCUCAGGCCCCUCCCCCACCUGGCUUGCAGGGCCUGGAUGACAUUGGGUACAUUGGAUACCGAAGUUACAGCCCAUCAUUCCAGCGCCGGACUGGCCUUCUGCAUGCACUGUCCUUCCGGGACUCACCAUUUGGGGGGCUUCCUACCUUCAACUUGGCCCAGUCCCCUGCAUCAUUCCCACCAGAGGCCUCCGAACCACCUCGAGUUGUCAGACCAGAACCCAGCACCCGAGUCCUGGAGCCUCCCGCUGAGGAUCACCGUGAUGAGGUGGUCCUGAGGCAGAAACCUCCGACAGGUCGUAAAGUCCAGCUGACCCCUGCAAGGCAGAUGAACCUUGGAUUUGGUGAUGAGUCCCCAGAGCCAGAGGCCAGUGGGCGAGGGGAACGCCCAGGCAGGAAGGUGGCCCCUUUGGCCACUACGGAAGACUCUCUGGCUUCUAUCCCCUUCAUUGGUGAGUGGUGAUGCAAGCAGCUGACU